AGAGCAGGUAGGGACACAAAGGGGGAGGGACAGAGACAGGUGGAAAACAGGCUGUAAACAAAUGAGGUGAGGCUGAACUGAGACACACCUGGAGCCAAGUAAAAAUCUAUUGAAAGCAGCACGGACAACCGAAACAGACAGAAAAGGGCUCUGCGUUCCUGAGACUUUGCAACUGUAGCGAAAGAAAAAUGGAGGCGUACGAAAAUGGCAACCCAUGUUGAGAACAGAGAAAGUGACAAGAGGAGAGACGAGAAGAGUGACCGGAGACACCAGAACUGAAAGCAAAAGAAGCUCCCCAGAGUAACAUCAACAAACCCUUCGAAGGUCUGUGAGGAUUCCUCUUCCCUCCAUCUCUACACCAUGGCCUCCAUGGGGAUGCAGAUGUUAGCCAGUGCCCUGUGCCUCCUGGGUUGGGCAAUGGUCAUCAUUAGCUGCCUACUUCCUAUGUGGAAGGUCACCGCCUUCGUGGGCAGCACCAUCGUCACCUCGCAGACCAUCUGGGAGGGCAUCUGGAUGACCUGUGUGGUCCAGAGCACCGGGCAGAUCCAGUGCAAGCCUUAUGAGUCCCUCCUUGCUCUGGGCUCCGACCUGCAGGCUGCCAGGGCUCUCACCGUCCUCGCAAUCGCUACAGGCAGCGUAGGCCUCAUUCUGGCCUUCGUUGGAGGAAAGUGCACCCGCUUCUUGGAUGAAGAAGGAAAUGGGGUUAAGGGUAAGGUGGCUGUAGCAGCUGGGGGAGUGUUGAUAGCCACAGGGGUGCUCUGUUUGAUUCCUACUUCGUGGGCAGCCGGAGCGGUGGUGAGGAGGUUCUACAGCGCCUCCAUAGACGCUCAGCGGCGCGAGAUCGGAGCCUGCCUGUACAUCGGCUGGGGAGCGUCCAUCCUGCUUAUUCUGGGAGGGGGUUUGUUCAUCAGCUCGGCGUGCCCCAUCAAAGCCCAUGAUGCAGACAAGAGCCCCUCUGUCCGCUACCUGGUGGUCCGCUCCUCCAAUGGGUCGACCCAGGUGGGGUCUCAUCGCAGCGGGGUGCCGUCAGCAAAGUCUCAGCCCAUUGGCGCGACCACAGGGCCUCAGCAGUAUACGAGGCCUCCGUGGGAGGACGGGCCUGAGCAGAACUGGAGACAAGCGUCAGAGAGAUCGUGGGCACCAUCGACAAAGUCACAGAUGAAGAGACCGGAGUCGACAAAAUCUGAACACAGUGAGGCACCGUCCACAAAGUCUCAGCUGAAACGAGCAGAAAUGGAAGAGACUUUAUCAGUCAAGAGUGAAAAUGAAGAUGCAUCUUCAAACCCAGCAAGGACAUACUUAUAAUAUGACCACUUGCAACAUAUCGUACAUUAAUAUGCUCUUACGUUUACAAACAUAAUACAGUUUACUAUAACUAAUAAUAGCCAUUUAGAAGCAGUAGUUUGCUUAUUUUGUGAUUGUUUACUGACAUAGAGUAGUUCAAGAGUUUAGAAUUUUAUUUAGGUAUAACUAUACUUGAUAAAAUGUUGUUUUUAAAGGACAGAAGGAAAAAGUUCUGGACUAUUUUCACCAACAUGAAGGAAAAUGCAGCUUUAAUAGGCUGCAUGUGCAAAGACUGAUCAACAAGUAAAUCAAGUGAAGUGUGCUGCAGUUGUCUUCUUGUACAAAAUGUGUAACUGAAGUUUGUUCACAUUAAUUUUGACAUGUUAAUGUGAAACCUGACAAUGAUGACAUCCUUUUUGUUCUCAAUGUUAAAAUGCGCUGAAUGAAGAUGGAUCAGUCUGCAUCAAGACGAUGUAGGAUUUUGUUUUAUGCUGGACAUACGACAACAACAUACAACAUAAGUAAUGAAGUUGCUACACUAUUGUGCUGAAUUUGAACUCUUUAUGUAUAUUUUUCAAUACAAGCAUUUGCUUGUUUCAUUAGUUUAUGUCCUUGAAAAAGUUCACUUGUUGCAUACAAAAAAUUUUGUUAUGAUUGUCAACAAGGGUUUCUGUAAAGACUAUGCUCUUUGUCACAACUGUGAAAUAUCUUCUUUUUUUUUUCUUUUUCUUUUUUCAUUUCCACAGACUACUGAUCUGUGCGCUUAUUUUUCAAUAAAUAACUGUAAUUUGAUCAGGCAUUUUUCCACUUAUCUAAAUGUAAUAAAGAUGCAAAAAUGUGAGCUGAAAAGAGGCUUUGAGAAUCCCCCUGGACUUUCAGUGCAGCGCAUGGCUAUUUAAAUCCACAGGACAAACUGGUUUGACAGAGAGUGUGAUUACAGUGGAGGUGUGUUGGAGGAGGAAGCAUCGUGUGUUUGUCGAGGAUUCAGCAUUUAGUUUCAGUGAAUCAUGUUUGUGGAACAUGUUGCUUGGUUUCUCUUAUUCUGAUGUGCAGGAGGUUCAGUAUCUAGACACAAUACAACGCUGUCAGUUUUCCAAAAUGCAAAAUACAAAAAAGUUUACUGUAACAAAGAA